GUAUAAUGGCUCUCUGCCGGGCGGAGACCGUGGCCGCAAGAGGAGCCGCUUUGCUCUUUACAGGAGGGCGAAAGCUAACGGAGUCAAGCCGAGCGCGGUGCACAUCCUCAGCAGCCCACACGACAGCAAGGCGGUGAACAGCAGGGGGCAGCACAGCAUCUCCUUCACCCUCUCCAGGAACCAGACGGUGGUGGUGGAGUAUUGCCAUGACAAUGACACCGACAUGUUCCAGAUCGGCCGGUCCACCGAGAGCCCCAUAGACUUCGUGGUGACAGACACUCCAGGAGGAUCCAAGGAGAGCGAAGACUCCUCAUCAGCUCCCAGCACCAUCUCCCGCUUCGCCUGCAGGGUCGUCUGCGAACGCAACCCGCCGUACACCGCUCGCAUCUAUGCUGCCGGCUUUGACUCCUCUAAAAACAUCUUCCUGGGGGAGAAAGCGACCAAAUGGAAGAAUCCGGAUGGUCACAUGGACGGCCUCACAACCAAUGGGGUGCUGGUGAUGCAUCCGCUGGGCUUCCCGGAAGAGCCCAAGCAGGGUCUGUGGAGGGAGAUCUCGGUGUGUGGAGACGUGUACGCCCUCAGAGAGACACGCUCCGGCCCCAUCCGUGGACAGCUGGCUCAGGGUGAGAGCAGCGCUCUGCAGGACGGGUCUCUGGUGGAUCUGUGUGGGGCGACGCUGCUGUGGCGAACAGCUGACGGGCUGCUGAAAGCGCCAACGCUGCGGCACCUGGACGCCCUGCGGCUGGAGCUGAACGCGGCGAGGCCUCAGUGUCCGGUGGGUUUGAGCACGCUGGCCUUUCCCAGCCUCCCUCGCAGCCACAGCCUGGAGGAGCGCCAGCCUUGGGCCUACCUGAGCUGCGGACACGUGCAUGGCCGGCACGACUGGGGCCAGCGACCCGAGCGGCACAGAGAGCGCGAGGAGGGUUCCUGCGGCGGCACGGGCGGCCGCAGAGAGUGCCCGCUGUGCCGGACAGUCGGCCCCUAUGUGCCGCUGUGGCUGGGCUGCGAGCCGGCGUUCUACAUGGAUGCUGGAGCUCCCACACACGCCUUCGCCUCCUGCGGACAUGUGUGCUCCGAGAAGACGGUGCGGUACUGGGCGGAGACGCCACUGCCCCACGGCACACACGCCUUCAGGCCCACCUGCCCCUUCUGCUCCGCCCCGCUGGCGGGAACGCCCGGAUAUACACGCCUCAUCUUCCAAGGGCCCAUCGAUUGAUGAGGGGGCCACACGGGGAGACCAGAGGAGCCAGGAGUCUCUGUGUGAGUGUGUGUGCGUGCUUCUGUGUGCGUGUUGCUCCGCAAAUUUGCCAAUAAUGCUGCUUUCAAGUCAGGAACAAAACUAGUGUUUUAUAUAUACAGUGGUCAACAUUUGGAGAGGAGCAUUACCUUUGUCCUUUG